AUGGCUGCCAAAACAUUCCUUCUCUUUCUAUUCCUCUCCUUCUCCCUCGCCAUUUCGCUCGCCCACGCCGCCAAACCCGAUGGCCAACCAUUCUCCCGAACUCUGCGCCCGCAGAAACUGGGGAAGGAGAAAUUGAGCCACUUUAGGUUCUACUUCCACGACACCGUCAGCGGGAGCAACCCCAGCGCCGUCCGCGUCGCCGAGGCCGCCGCCACCAACGCCUCCACCACGGGGUUCGGGCUGGUGGCGGUGAUGGACAACCCUCUCACCGUGGGCCCCCAAUUGAGCUCCAAGCUUAUUGGUAGGGCCCAGGGGAUGUACGCCUCGGCGUCCCAGACAGAGCUCAGUUUCCUUAUGCUGUUCAACUUCGCAUUUACGGAAGGGAAGUACAACGGCAGCAAUCUCAGCGUAUUGGGGCGGAACGGCGUCUUGUCCGAGGUCAGGGAGAUGCCGGUCGUCGGCGGCAGCGGGCUGCUCCGGUUCGCCCGCGGAUACGCUCAGGCGAGGACUCAGGAGAGGGAUGUGAAUACCGGUGAUGCGGUGGUGGAGUACAACGUCUACGUCUUCCAUUACUGA